AUGGUGUUGUUGAUGACAUCGACACUGAAUGGCAACUAUUUGAACGAAUCAAACAAUCGAUUACAACAAUUGCAACAAACUUUUUAUGAGAGCAAUAGUAGGGCUUUGAGCUCAAGUGAUAGUGACUUAUUGGAAACGACCACAACGUCUAAUGCCAACAACCCAUUAACUAAUAGUGCCAAUAAUGGUAACAGUGCUCACAAUUUAACAGCCAUACGGUUAGCAAAUGAACAUUUUCUGCUGAUCCGUACCCAAUACCGGUGCCGUAAGCCUCGACCUAAGAUUAUCAAAGUUAAAGACUUUUAUGACGUGCCGUCUAAAGAAUAUUUGCCCAGAUGUACUGUUUUGCAUCAAUGCGACGAUGAAAGCGGAUGUUGUGAUGUCGGGACAGAGAGAUGUAUGGCGCAGACAUCCGAAUCGGUGCGCCUAUACUUCUAUGUGAUUGACGCAGAUCUCAAAGAUAACACUACCGGUGGUAAUGGUGGACGAACUGAAGUGUUAACGUUUGUCAAUCAUACGAAAUGUCACUGUCAAGAGAUCAAUUAUAUGCCGCGAACUAAACCAAUGCCAGAGCACUGGCAACCGGAACACCAGCAACAGUCACCUCCAGAACCACAGUUCAAACCGGCCUAUAGUUUUGAAUCACCAGUUGAAACACCGAAUCCAUUGCAAUCAGACUCCGAUGUAUUGACUCUGAAGUGUCGGUGUCCGCACCCAUUCAUCGCACGACUCAAUCCUAUGGACGGCCGGUGUUUAUGCGAUUGUCUGGAAAAGGACUACCACUGUAUCAGAAUCAAGAAAGGGAGGCACAAGUUGGCCGCACUCGAGGCCCGGUGUGUGCGCUCUGGUGACUGUUCAGAACCAAUGUGUGACUACGGCGGACAUUAUAGCAAAUAUGAGGCCAAAUGUAUAACACCGAAACAUAACCAUCAUUUGCGACACAGACAUCACAAUCAUCAGAGGCAUCACAAACAGGUCCAUUGGCUUCAUGAAAGAGAUUAACAUUAUUUACUAAAUAAUUUUUUUAAUCAAACAUAAUUUAUAUAUA